AGCCCCACUGACUGACAGCUCGCUCCGCCACGCCUCAGAAGGACCGGGCAAGGCUCGUCGCGCGCGGCGCAUUCGCGGCAGCUGCGGACCCGACGGCGUCCGUCCCCUGCCGUGUCCCGCGGGCCGCCGGGAUGCUAUAGGGCCUCUGAGCUGCUCGACACUCAGCCUUGGUGGUAGCCAGAGGCUCCCAACAUACUUGUGCGUGCUUGCAGCUUCAGAAAACUGCUCCUCAGGCUGUGCCCAUCCUGUUUGGCAGCCCAGCCACCAUGGAGGCCCCAGAAGUCCCUGUGGGCUCCCUGAUUGACUUUGGGACCGAACCACCUACGUCCCCUCCCCUGGAGGCAGCACCUUCAAUACUCCAGGACCCAGAUGGCUCCCUGGGUGAUGGUGCAUCUGAAAGUGAGACCACUGAGUCUGCAGACAGUGAGAAUGACAUGGGCGAGUCACCGUCACACCCAUCCUGGGACCAAGACCGCCGCUCGUCCUCCAAUGAGUCCUUCUCCUCCAAUCAGAGUGCUGAUUCAGCCCCAGACGAGGAGACCCUGGCACUUCGAGAGUUCAUGCGCAGCUACGUAGAGAAGAUCUUCUCUGGAGGGGAGGACUUGGACCAGGAAGAGAAAGCCAAGUUUGGAGAGUACUGCAGUGGUGAAGACGGGAAAGGCCGUGAGUGGUUUGCACGGUUUGUGAGCGCACAGCGCUGCAAGUCCAAGUGUGUGUCUGAACCAACCUUCUACCGCCUGGUGCAGUCCUUCGCAGUGGUGCUGUUUGAGUGCCACCAGAUGGAUGACUUUGGACCUGCCAAGAACCUCAUGACCAUGUGCUUCACCUACUACCAUCUGGGCAAACCGCAGCUGCUCCCUGCAGAGCCCAGGGAGAAGCCAGCUGGCAGCAUUGACUCCUACCUGAAGUCAGCCAACAGCUGGCUGGCAGAGAAGAAAGACAUUGCUGAGCGGCUGCUGAAGAACACGGAGAACAUGAAGGGCUUCUUUGGGGGGCUGGAGACCAAGCUGAAAGGACCACUGGCCAGGAAAAACGAGGAAGAUGAAAACAAACCUAAGGACAGACAGCUGAAGACUGUGACUGUGAUCAGCCCUGAAGAUGAACAGAAGGGGGAGAAGGUUUACCUGUACACGCAUCUGAAGCAGCAGCCCAUCUGGCACACGUCAAGGUUCUGGAAUGCGGCCUUCUUUGAUGCUGUCCACUGUGAGAGGCGGAAGCGAUCUCCCACCACCAGAGGGGAUGCUGGAGAGCAGGAGGAGAAGAGAGAGAAAUGGUGCCACAUGACCCAGGAAGAGCGGGAUGACAGCCUGCGGUUCAAUGAGAACAUCACCUUCGGGCAGCUCGGCACGUUCACCCACAACAUGCUGGCCUUUGGCCUGAACAAGAAGCUGUGCAGUGACUUCCUGAAGAAGCAGGCUGUGAUUGGCAACCUGGAUGAGGAGCAAUACAAGCUGCUAAGUGACCACAUUGAACAAAUGGCCACAGAAUAGGAGGUCAGCACUUGCCGCUGUCCCAGGAGCUGUCACCCCAGUGAUGACCCUGCAUGACACCAGCAGCACCCAGAGCCGCUCCUGGCUGCCCUAGAACUAGCAGUUCAAAGACUCCGGAAGCCUGUCUCCCCUGCCUGUGUCUGCUCCCCACUCUAUGUACAAGGUGUCCCUUGGGCUACACAGCUAAAAAUGAGGGACCGUCUACCCCCCACCCAUCCUUGAGCACCAGGCUUAUGAGAUGAGACAGAGGAUGGAGGAGAACAUAAGCUAGGGUCCCCAAAGUUCCUGCUGAGAGCCAGGGACAUGUGGGCAUGGAGGUGCAGGAGGGGGAUCCACACAGCUGUAACAGAACCACUACUAAGGGUCACAGCCUGUCAUUCCCUGCCACAGGACUUUCUGUGAGCAUAAGCUGUGCGGAGGGGCCAUGGAGCCUUCCUGAAAGGUCAUGGCUACCUGUUCUUCUCCACCUCCUCAUGUGGCAGGAACUAGAAAUCACAGGAACUGGAAGAGAACUCAAGGGUUGUCACUUUUCUAGGAGUGAGAAUUCUGCCAGCCACAACCUUGUCUCAGACUUGAGAGGCCUGCCAACAGAACCUGUGACCUGUCCACUCAACACAGUCUCUCCUUCAAUAGCAGACAAAAUCCUUCAGUUCCCAGCAGCAGCAGCAGCAAUAGAUGUCAUGGACUGCAAGAAGCGUGGGGGAAGCUUUCUUCAGGGUGACACCCUUGCUAAGAGUCACUGGUCAGAGCUGGAGUACACAGAAUGGAUCUGACUGAGUGAGGAGGCCACAGGGAAGCGAUGUUGCCUGGGAGCUCCAGCCCAUGGCCCUCUCCUUCUGAAAGACCCACAGGGACUUGCCUCCUCUGCACCCACAUGCCAGACAGAGUCUGACCCACAGCAUCCAGUGUGCUGGCUGGCUCCAGAGUGGCUGUCCCAUCCACCCCACCCGUGGCCUAGGUUCCUUCUGGGCCAGCUACUGCCAUUCUGGUCACUAACCUUGAACUAGGCCUGCAGGCUCUCCUGUCACCCUUCAUCACCUCAUUCUCUGUUCCUCAGCCUUCAGUCACAUUUAGUCAAGGUCUGUCUAUGAGCACAGCAGUCCUCUUCUGACAGCCGGGGACUCAGCUGCCACGGGCAAGCCUUCCCUGUGGGGAAUGUCCCCCUAGGACGUCCAGAGAAGAGCAGGAUGGGCCAAGCUUCGGAAUGAACAUGUCUUGCAUGUUGGGGGUGACCAAGGCAGCUCAUCUGUCGCUGGGCAAUUCAAACAAAUGCUGACAGCCAGGUCAGCCCCGAUGACAUAGUAUGUGUUACUGGGGCCAGCUAGGACUCCCACCCCAGCGUUAGGACCCCAUAACUGUGCCUGUCUCUGCUCCUGUGUGGUAGGGAAGUGACAUCCCGUGAGAUCGCCCCUGCUAUCCUCUCUAGAGCCUUCCUCAGCAGUGCAAGCAUGGCAGCCUCUCCUUGCUCCCCCCAGCCCUGCAUUAGUGUGAGUUCAGGAGUAGUAUGGCCUGACUGCAGCAGCGGCAGCAGCAGCAGCUGAUGUGUUGCUGACUUCUGCCUGGCCCCGUACAGCCAUGCACAGCCUUAAGGGGAAGAGCACCAACGGUUCCAGCACGUGGACUUAGGAAUACCCUGGAGACGGUUCCAUACCAACCUUUUGAGAUAAUCGUUUCAGGAGGAAGGAAGGAUGGCUCUGUUUUGUCUGUCUCUAGCUCUUUAUUGCAGAUCCAGCCCCACCGAGUUGGGAAAUUCUGACCCAUGUUAGACACACAUGGCACUGCUAAGGACCUGGUAGCCCUCUGAGGACAGGGUGGCCCCUAAUGGGAGCAAAGCUACAGGAGACUGGAGGUUGUCCCACCAUCACCUGCAGAUGCCCUGUGUUGACAACUAGCUUUGGUGACUGUUUCACAGCUGGGAGCCGCUGGCCAGUGUCUCUUGGAGGUAACUAGUCUGCCCCCCACUCCUGCCCAGGUAUCCUGUCUUCCUGUAGUAGCUUUCCCCUAGGGCCCACCAAGCAAGUGUGAACUGCAUCCGUGAAAAGCACUCCUUGGCCACCCUGCUGAGCUUGUGAACCACAAGCAGGUCAAAUUACCUGGAUAAUCCCAAGCAGUAUCUCCAGUCUUGGCUGGUAGUGGCCCAGAUCUGUGCAGGCCCAUUAGCAACACCCUCAAGCCUUUUUGGCGUGUGACCUUCAGGAUUGUGUGAGUCAUUAUCACUCACAAUAGUGUUUACCUUCACAGAAAAACGUCCUCUGGUAAGUUGCCACUCUGCUGUGUCAGCUGUGUUAGGGUAUCGUGGGGGUAGGAGGCAGAGUGUGGCAGCCUCUAGGCUGCCUCUGCUGAGUGUCUAGCCACAGGCAGAGCCACACUCGGGUAUAUUGAGAGAUCUGCAUUGUGCAACCCGGAAGACCCUGAUUUUCCCCUUGUCCAAGAAACAUCCGGGCUGAGAAGCUCAGUAUCUUAAGAGGACCUUGGACAAAGCUAGUUUUCAAGCUCCAUUCACGUAGGAAGGAGGUCUUCCUGGCUGGGCCUAGUGGAGACCUGUAAUCCCUCAGGAGGUGAAGGCAGGAGGAUCAGGAGUUCAAGGUCAUCCCCAGCUACAUGGGUUCAAAGCCAGCCUGGGCCACAUGAGACCUGAUGUCAAGGAAAAAAAAAAAACAGUAAAAGGUGGCCCUGAGAAUGGAGGGUGGGCUUAGACCCAAGAAUUGGCCUGAUGCAGAUGGGGGACUCAUGGCCUGCCUUGUCCCCGCUCAGCUGAGAGGAAGCAGUCCGUGUUGUGUCCCUGUUUCUGUAGCCCAGCGACACAGGAGGCUCCAGGGACAGUGCACUACUCUAGAAACACCCGCCACUCCAGGUUGCUGGUGUGAGGGACCCAAACUUCUCUGCUGGAAACUAUGUGAAAAGCUGAGGUCUAAUUGUGGUGGCCUUAGUAGAUCCCAGGCUGUAGACUCACACUCAACCUUGACCUUCCUGGGUCACACUGACUAGUUGGUUUUCAUUCUGGGCUGGCACAGCUAGAGCAGCUUCAUUCCAGUUCCCAGACUGCAGUUGGACUGCCAGGAGGAUCCUUGUGUGGAACGUGGUAGGAAGGGACUUUAGGGGAUGGCACUGGCCCCAUAGCCUCGGGAAAACGGUAGGAGAACCCUCCUCAGCAGAGGGUCCUUGGUUCCAGGCUCCUGCCUCCACUCUUCCCACCUCCCAAGCCAGCUCUGCAGAGCCCUUGCUAAGGGCUGAGCUGCCUCGCCCAUGUGUCCUUCAGGUCCAGCCUCGCAGCCACGGCCUCAGGUUUGUUUAGCUUGAGAAGCUGCCAGUAGAUGCCCACAGAGUGGGCCUCGUGGACUGGACAGGCCUUUUGUGGGCUGGGCUCCUGCACUCCACUUCAUCAGGACAGGAACAGGAGCACACUGUUAGGUCAAGAAGUGAGGGGACCUAUCUUUUCCAGGUUUCUCACAUGUGAACACACCCCUGCUAAGGCCAUCUUCUGUGACAGGCUCCUUCAGGGCCUUCAUUCUGUACCAUAAUUCGCCUGGAGUCUCUGGGGCACCAUGUCACCUGAUCCCGGGGAGGGAUGGAGUCCAAGGUGUGGUGGGGGCCAGUUUGCCCAGCUGCAGGGUGACAGGGCAGCUUAUGCCAAUGUCCCAGCUGGUCUGAGCUUUGAAGAGCAGAUGAGCACAGAGCUGGAAGCAUCACCUCAGUCAGGCUGUGUUCAUGGGACUCCUCGGGAAAUUAGUGAUUUGGGGGACCAGCUUCACUGUAGGCUCCAGGCUCUGACGGGAAGUGGCAUGGGCCCAGCUGUAAGCCAUGCCCACCUAAGCUACAACUUCAGAGAUAGCACUUUAUCUAGAACCGACCCCGUCCAUGGAUUGCCUUGGCUUUGAUCCUGAGCUUACACUGACCCUAUCCCAUCCUUACCCCUAGAUGAUAGAUAUAUUCAUGGAAAGGAGGAAAGAGACCCUGCUUGAGGAAGAAGGUUGGCUCACCACUUGCAAGAGGCACUAGCUUAGUGGUCUGAGAUUGUCACUUCAUUCAGAAUGGGGAUACCUCGGGAAGGAUGAGUUAGACAGUCGGCUGUUGGGAGAUACUAGUCUCAGACAGCAGGCAUGUAUCCCCAUGGAGCGUAUGUCAGGACCUGGACCAUCGGCUGCCUAGGCUGUACCCGGUUUCCAGUGCAGUUCCUGUGGGGACUCCACCUGCACAGUCUGUUCUCUCUUGGGGUUCCACACCCAUUUGUUGCCAGAAGCCCCCAGUGAUGCUGUGUUUUAUAUGUUAGUUAUACAACUUUGUGCCCUGCCAGGUCAUGUUCUAAAAUUAAGGUUGAGAAAGUCAUGAGGUCGAAGAUCUCAGGCAGUGCUGUUUCCUGUGAAGAAAAAAAAAAUGUGUAUCCAUAUAUAUAGUACCUUGGCUUGUCAGGAGGUGGAAACUGAAAUAAAUUAUCUUUUAAAAAGAA